GACCUGGGGAAAAUGCCUGCAUUGACUGCAGAAAACUUUGCAGCACUCCAGAGUCUGCUGAAGGCCUCCUCCAAAGAUGUUGUCAGACAGCUAUGCCAAGAGAACUUUUCCAGUUCAGUCCUUGGCUCGAAAUAUCUCUUGGAUAUCAUAUGUUCCAGCUUGUCUGUGACGGAGGAGAAGGAAGAACAACUGCUCCAGGCUCUGCAGUGCCUCACCAGGCUGGCAGUGUUUAGUGACCUGCCCUUCGCUGAGGCAAUUCUGGCUCUCAUUUCUGAAAACUUCCACCAGGACCUCAAAAGUCUGCUGACAAAAAUCAUUCUGGAACACAUACCUACUUGGAGACCUGAAGCCCAAGCAAAGCUGAUCUUUCAGCCAUGCCUGGUCAACCUGGACUGGAGAGUGGACAUCAAAAACAGCCUAGACAGCAUCAGCCACAUGACUGUUCCCACCUGCCUAUUCCAGAUGAAGAUCCAAGAAGAUCACAGUCUAUGCAGGGACAAACCUUUCAUCUCAGCUGUCACCAUAGAGCUGAGUAAGGAAAUGCUAGACACUAUGUUGGACAGGCUGGGUCACAUCCUAGACCAGCUUUCUGCCAUGGCCAACAAAUGA